AUGGAAUGCGAUGGAGACCUGCGACGUGAGAUCUUCCAAAAAACCCUUACUGAGGUCGCCGGCGAGGCGGCAGACGACAACGCUCAUCCCUGCGUGAUAUGUCUCGAGCAAGUUCGGGAUGUCGGAGUUACGAUCCCUUGCAAACAUGGGAGCUUUGAUUUCCUGUGCCUUGUGAGCUGGCUGCAGCAACGCCGUGCUUGUCCGCUAUGCCAAGCGGAAGUCACCGGGGUCAAGUACAAUUUCCAGUCACCUUCAGGCCCCGAGGUAUUUAGUUUGCCUUGUCUAUCAGAGCCGCGAAGACAGACCGCUAGACCCCCCUCUGAACGGCAGACCCCGAGGUUCCGCGCGAAUCGUCCCAACACGCGAGUGUCUAAUCGGGGGCCUCCUUCGCAACCCCGCGAUGAUCCCUUAGCCCGUCGACGUUACAUUUACCAAAGGCAGCUAUACUCGCAGCGCGUAGGUUCGAAUCGCCUUUCGCAAUACCGCGAACUCACCCCGCAGUUAUUCAACAAGGACGAAAAUCUAGUCUCUCGUGCACGAAAGUGGAUUCGGCGGGAGCUACAAGUAUUCGCCUUCCUUGACCCAAAUAACCAAGGGCUGCAUGGUGGAAGAGAGCAGCAAGCUGAAACCGCUACCGGCGGUGAUGACGCUGGACGCAUUCGACGCGCACGCAACGCGGAGUUUCUGUUGGAAUACAUCAUCGCGAUUUUGCGAACGGUAGAUAUCAAAGGCAGUGGAGGGCAAGCGGAAGAAUUGCUGCAGGAAUUCAUUGGAAGAGACAAUGCGCAACUGUUUCUGCAUGAGCUGCAGGCGUGGCUGCGGAGCCCCUUUGAUUCGUUGCAGGAUUGGGACAGAGGAGUGCAGUACGAUGAGUAUUCACAGCCGUCCUUGCCAACUCUGCAUCGCCGGGAGGUUGAGAGUCCCCCAGCGAACAGAAGCAGCGCUCAGUGGCGGCCUGACGGGGCUUACAGAAGUGAGCCACGGGGUGUGAGGAAACAUAGAACACGGGGUCAUGCACCGAAUUUUGUCCAGGGGAGAAGAAUUGAGCGCGCAAAGAGGCGGUACCGGCCUGAUUGA